AUGGAAAAUCAAACCUUGACUACAGAAUUUAUACUCUUGGGACUUUCAAGUAAUCCACAAGUACAGUUAAUUCUUUUUUGUGUGUUUUUUAUUAUAUACAUUAUAACAGUGUUAGGAAACUUUUUGAUCAUACUGAUAAUCAGGACUGACCAUAGUCUUCACACUCCCAUGUUCUUCUUUCUCAGUCAUCUAGCCUUUGUUGACAUUUGCUACUCGACAGUCACUGUCCCAAAGAUGAUGGCAAAUUAUAUUGCAAGGCAAAAAACAAUUUCUUUCGUAGGAUGUGUUGUGCAAAUCUUUUCCAUUAUUCAUUUUGCUUGUGUGGAUUUCUCUCUGCUUUCAGUAAUGGCAUACGAUCGCUAUGUCGCAAUAUGUAACCCACUGCAUUAUUCAAGAAUUAUGAAAAAACAAGUGUGCAGACAGCUGGUGGGAGGUUCCUGGAUCAUGGGUUUCUUGGAUGCUUUGAUCAACUCUUUGCCUGUGAAACAUUUGAAGUUUUGUUGGGUGCCUUCAAUCAAUCACUACACAUGUGAACUUCCUCUAGUCUUGAGCUUGUCAUGUAGCCAGACUUUUAACAAUUAUAUGUUGUUGAUUGCAACAAGCAUUAUUUUUGCUUUUACUCCCUUCUUCCUUAUUGUUGUGUCUUAUGUUUAUAUUGUUUCUUCUAUUUUGCAUAUUCGCUCAGCUAAAGGCAGGAGCAAAGCCUUCUCCACCUGCAGCUCCCACCUCAUUGUGGUUUGCAUGUUUUUAUUUUCAGUUUUUUUCCGAUACCUGAAACCAAGUUCUAAAUCUCCCACUGAUCUGGAAAAAGUGAUCUCUAUCCAAUACACUGUAAUAACACCCAUGUUGAAUCCAAUCAUAUACAGCCUUAAAAACAAAGAAAUUAAAAUGGUGAUUGGAAAAAGUUUAAGAAACAUAGGCAAAAUUUCCAUGUAG